AUGUCUGGAAACAGAUUUUCCCACUACGGCACCGAAGUGGCACUCAGACAGAACUUCUUCAAGAUUGACAAGAAGACUAGAGGUACCUUACCUGCCCGGUAUCGUCCACUUCGCCACCGUAACCCCGGUGGCGAGGAUGAAAUCACCUUUCGCCUGUUCGAAAAUGAGCACCUCGGCACAGUCAAGUAUGAUGACUUCCGUCGCCUUUACGAGCUCAACAAGAGCCCGGAUAGCUGA